AUGAGCUCACCUUUUGACAUAAAUGGCGGUGCCUGUGUCGCCAUGACAGGCAAGGACUGCGUUGCUAUUGCCUGCGAUCUCCGCUUAGGCAUGCAGGCCUUGACUGUAUCCAACGACUUCCCCAAGAUCUUCAACUACGCUCCCUCUGUCUACCUUGGCUUGACUGGUCUUGCAACAGACGUUGCUACAGUUUCGGAUCUCUUCCGCUACAAAGUCAACAUGUACCGCCUCCGUGAGGAACGACAUAUCUCCCCGCAGACAUUUGCCAAUUUGGUCAGCUCGUCCUUGUACGAGAGGCGGUUUGGUCCGUAUUUUGUCAGUCCUGUGGUGGCCGGAAUCAACCACACAACCGGGAAGCCAUUCAUCUGCGGGUUCGAUUCCAUCGGCUGUAUCGAUUUCGCAAAGGACUUCAUUGUCAGUGGGACAGCGAGCCAACAGCUUUUUGGCACCUGUGAGGGUUUGUGGGAGCCAAACCUGGAGCCCGAGGAUCUAUUUGAGACCAUCUCUCAGGCACUCCUAAGUGCUGUUGACAGAGACGCCCUGUCUGGCUGGGGUGCCCAGGUGUACAUCAUUGAGAAAGAUAAGGUUACCAAGCGGCUACUGAAGGGGAGACAGGAUUAA